GAUUCUCUUGCAGUUGCAUAAUUUAUGGGGUUUAAAAAAAAUAAAAAUAGCAGUAGGUGUAUGAUGAUGUAAUGGAUAGCAUCAGGAGACAUGGCAGAUUUGCUGAUUGGGAGUCAAUGCAUGUAUCUGCAAAUCUUAAGUUAAUGUUAUAUCGGAAUAACCGUGAUGAAUCCAGCUCUUUAGAUUCCAUAAUGUCUUUUUUUUAUGCCACUUCACCGUGACAAUUGUGACAGUCCACCGACUGAAUUGUCGAGCUUGUAAAAUGUCUAUAAAUUUCCUACCUUAUAACACAAAGUUAAGGGCUUGUGUUGCAUUUUUUCCUACCAUAAUGUAUUUCUUUACCAUUUAAUCUCUGACUGUAAAGUUGAGCAGUUGCUUCCAUUUGUCUUAACUUCAUGAGAGCUUACAAUUUAUACCUCAAAAUCGAUAUUGGGUUGUUCAGAUUAGCCAUGCCUGCUUCUGUUUGAAGUUAUUUGUUUCCAUCUAUUGAAAGACAUGGUUGUCUUCUGAUCCACUACACAAGUUGAGUGCAGAAUUCACCAUGGCUUUCAAUUUAUUGGGGCCAUCCAAAAUAUCAUGCUUUAUGCAUUCCAUCAUUUCCUCGCCCGCAUAUUACAUUCACCCACUUCAGCAGGUGCAUUUUUAAGAAGAGAGGUCCUUUGGCUUAGAUCUUGGGUUCUAUGAAGCUCCCAUAAACUCACCCCUGAACCAAGGCCUUAUCGACAGAGCAUAGAACAAAAAAGUUAGCAGAGAUGAGGUCAAUAGGCACUGUGGCAUCACCAUUAUGCCAUUUUUGUACCACAAUAGAAAGGGAUUGAUGGUAAACAGUCAAGGGAUAGAAGAGUAAGCAGGGGUCUGAGAAAUAGAAGGAUAGAUAGUAAAUUCAAAAUUUGGGGGGAUAAUGUUUAGAAGCCUAUGAAUACGUAUGUUUACUGAAGUGACCACAUGACCAUAGGUCAUUUUGAAUAGCCCAUAUCCUGACAAUUGCAACUAAGGUGCUUUGCUAGUUCACCUGUAGAUUCUUUCGAGUAGAAUUUACUGUAUUGUUCUCCUUGAGGCAAAACAUCUACUGGGUAGAAUGGAUGCUAAUAAUUUGGAUCCAGAAAAAGGCCAUGCAGCCACUUCACAUUCUCAAGAAGAAGCAUUGUAUACUUUUGGAAGGAAAUCGGAUGCAAUGGAUGCAGAUGGCCGUGCUUAUAAUUCCUCCCCUGUUCUUACUGGUAGGAAGUCUUCCUCAUCUUGUCUAAGUGGAAACUUUCCAAAUGGAAGCCCUAGGAAGAGAAGCGAGACAUGGUAUAGGGAAGAUAACGAGGAGAUUCAUAUUAGCAGGACUUCUAGUUUUGACACUCAAAGGUUGUCUUUUUCAAUUGGAGGACCAGUUCAGGUCCCUGAAGGAAACUUGGGCAAGCUUGUGAAUGAUGUGGAGGCAGGAAGAAAUGAAGUUGAAGGAGAUUUCCGUAUAUAUAUUGAUGACAGUGAUAAGGAGGGAAAGAGGAAUCAACCUUCACCUAUCUUCUUAAAGUUUGUAGAUGUAAAAUACAAAGUGGUACUUUCUCAAACAGCUUCAUGGAAAAGCCUAUGGGGAAUAGAGAAGGCACCUUCAGUAGAGAAAGAAAUCUUGCAUGGUAUCAGUGGUUCAGUUAGCCCAGGGGAAUUCUUAGCAAUGAUGGGACCUUCUGGAAGUGGCAAGACUACACUACUGAGCUUGCUAGGCGGAAGAAACCACCAACAUAUGACAGGAGAAGUCACUUACAAUGAACUCCCGUUUCACAAAUCUUUGAAAAGAAGAAUAGGAUUUGUUACUCAAGAUGAUGUGCUCUAUCCUCACCUGACGGUGAGUGAAACUCUCAUGUAUGCUGCUUUACUAAUGCUUCCCAAAGAUCUAACCAAGCAGCAGAAGAUUGAAAGAGUUGAGCAAGUGAUCCAAGACCUCAGAUUGGAAAGGUGUAGAGACACCAUGGUAGGAAGUCACUUUCUUAGGGGUGUAUCUGGAGGUGAGAGGAAAAGGGUGUGCAUAGGACAUGAGCUUCUGAUGGAUCCACCCCUGAUCCUGCUGGAUGAACCUACCUCUGGGUUGGAUUCUACAACAGCUCUCCGAACAAUACAGAUAUUGAAAAGCAUAGCCCUGAAAGGGCGAACUGUGGUUACAACAAUCCAUCAGCCAUCAAGCAGAGUAUUCCAUGUCUUUGACAAGCUUAUUCUUCUCUCCGAAGGCCAUCUCCUCUAUUUUGGAAAGGCCUCUUCGUCCAUAGAUUAUUUCUCAUGUCUUGGUUUCAACUCUCAAAUUGCAAUGAAUCCUGCAGAUUUUCUAUUAGACCUUUGCAGUGGGAACAUGGAAGAUAUUUCCAUGCCUCCGACAUUAAAGCAGAAAACAGUUAAGACUAAAGAUAUAAGACAGUAUAUGAUAGAUGCCUACAAAUCAAGGCUAGGCAAGGUGGAAGUCACAAGUCCACCACGGAUGCUGGCUGAAAAUUUUGAGCAGUCUGAAGACAAAAGAGAAUGGAGAACCACAUGGUGGCAACAAUUUUCUGUACUCAUGAUCAGAGGAUUGAAAGAAAGACGCCAUGAGUACCUCAGCUGGCUCAGAUUCAUCCAAGUUUCCUCCAUAUCUGUAAUGGCAGGCUGCCUAUGGUGGCAAUCCAAGAUCGAUACAGAAAGAGACCUAAUUGAUCAGGGGGGCCUGCUAUUCUUCAUCUCUAUGUUUUGGGGUUACUUCCCUCUCUUCACAGCCAUAUUCACUUUCCCUCAAGAGAGAGCCCUCUUAAUAAAAGAGCGUGGAUCUGAUAUGUAUCGUUUGAGCAGCUACUUCUUCGCUCGCACAUUGGGUGAUCUCCCCUUGGACCUUAUCCUCACAGCUAUUUUCAUGGUGAUUGUCUACUUCAUGGCUCACUUGCGGAUGUCCAUUGCCAUUUUCUGCUUAACAUUGCUUGCCAAUUUCUUGAACGUGAUUACUUCUCAGGGUCUUGGUCUAGCAAUAGGAGCAGCCAUGAUGGAUGUGAAGAAAGCAACUACAUUGGCUUCUGUUUUGGUUCUGGCGUUCAUGAUAGCUGGUGGCUACUUUGUGCAGCAUAUCCCGGGGUUUAUUAAAUGGCUCAGGUAUUGCUCGUUCCAGUAUUACACCUUCAAGCUCUUGAUGAAAGUUCAAUACAAUGACGAUCAAGUCUAUGAUUGUGGCACAUCUAGUGGAUGCAAGCCCUUUUCAUCUUCUCCUGCUUUCCAUGGAGUAAAGCUUGGAGGAGGGGGUGAAGAGGUAUGGGCAAUGUUGAUAAUGGCACUGGGCUACAGAGUUCUUGCUUACAUUGCACUAAGAAGACAGAAAUUAAACUAGCAGUUUGUAGCAUUUUACCUGACAGAAUAUCAGUCAGCAAUUACAAAUCAAUUUCAGUCUCAUUUGUGCACAUAUACCAAUGCCAGGAAAAACCCACUAUUAAUGUCUCUCUACUCAAAACAAGGCAGAAUGAUACAGAACCUGGGUCUCUCUUAAGUUCAUGAGACUCAUUAAUGCACCUAUUUUGUGCAUGCUUUUACUAAGCAAUCGGUGCUCUGCAUUUCAUAAUAUGCCCACUAUUGAUGUAUUCUAAUGAUGUAAAUUUCCCAGUUUUUCCAGGUUCCACAUUAAUAAUCCCUCAAGUUACAGUGGACAAAGUUGAUCUCACUUAAUGGUUUCUCUGACAAUUUUGUCAAUCCUCUGAAAUAAGGAUUAAUAUAAGAAUUCCCAAUACAGGUUUUUCUCUCUGACAA